AUGGACUGGUGUGUACCGUCGCAGGUUUGGGGAACACUCUCAAUCUUAUUCUCGUUUGCUAUCAACACUCAUCUUCGUCUCAAAAUCAUCAAAUAUUCAAUCGUGCAAAUCAACGUUAUGGACGCUCGAUAUUGGUACAAUCAUAAACAACCUGGGAUCGCAACCGAGACGUAUUGUAGUCCAGAGUUUGUAUACAGACUUCAUGACAUUGCAAAAUGUAUCCCCCAGUUAAAGCAAACUGGCGAAAACUUCAGUGUAUGGGAAAAGCAUCUAAAGGUCAUGAUAGGCGUUCUCACUGGGUCAUCUGUCUACCUCCUAGACGAGUUACACAAACACGAUCCCAAAUUCAACCGGGCAGUUCUCACUCUUAUAUUCUGGUCAAUUGACGAACAACUUCAACAGGAUCUUAACAUCGAUGGGUCUGCUGGAGAUGUCUUCCAAUUCUUGGCCGGUCGAUUCCGAUCAAAUCCUUCAUCCCAAAGUAUCUUGGCUCGGGCCGAUGUUCCAGAAGAAGUUUUAGAAAACAUUGUGAACAUAGUUUACCACCAGUCCUUUGACGAGAAAUCCCAACUCACGGAAAGAAAACAGGAGCGUAUGUCACAGAUCCUGCAGAAAGAUCAUGAUCAUCAAGUAUACUCGGAUCACGGUGGUCCACCAAUUCUUGAUACCUUUCAAACCUUGGCGGUGGUCAAUCGAAAGUUUUACAGGCUUUGUCUUCCCAAGUUGUGGCAGCACCUUCAAUUUCCGAGCGCCCUUCCUGCUCACAUGUCACUUUGGACAGAGGGUAUACUGUUGAGGCACGGACAACUAGUCAAAUCUUUCGCAUUUGAAUUAGAAGAUUUGACCCUUGAAGAUAAAGAGCUUUCGGAGUUGGAAAGGAGUAUUCACGAUAAUACAGAUCCAUACGGUAAUAUCCGCCACGUGAUAAGAAACGGAAUCGGACUGGUAAACAUUGAGAAGAUUUUUAGAGCAUGUCCUUCUAUAAAUUCGGUCGAAAUAAAUAUCACAGAAGUUGUAGAUCAAGCAGAUUUGUUUACUGCCAUCACGGUCCGCUUGAAGGGUCUACUUUCACUUCUUCCUCAACUUCAACAUUUAGCAUUAAUGGACUACGCAUACGCAAGUCUUCCAGGUGCAUAUGUGAUUGAUCUUCUCAAAAAGCUGCCGUCUCUUGUAUCAUUGGGACUCAAUGCCUUCGAAUUUGGUGCAGAAGCAUCCACAGAAGAAUCUUUGGGAUGGAACCUGGCCCAGCAUCAGAACCUUCGCAAAUUACGUCGCGAGAAUGUCACUUGCAAAGAUCAAACUUGGACCUUAAACUCUUGGCCUCAACGGCUUACAACUCUUGAGCUUUCCUCUUGUACCGGAUUAACAGCUGGCAUGGUUCAAAAAAUACUCAGCGGUUCUGCCCCCUUUCUGACUCGACUCACGAUUUAUCUUGAUCGCUGCCAAGACAAAUCACAUGUCAAUGAUUCGACUGAUCUUCCGGCUCUUAAACACCUCGUCCUAGAUGGCGGCGCCGGCUUUGGUCUCCUUACCAGCUUUAAGGGCUGUAAAGAUCUAGAGCUGAUUCAAUACCGUCGUAAAUUGUACAAUAAUCAAUGGGACACGGUGAAGCAUUUUUUGUCUACCAAUACAUGGCCUAAUCUCUUGGUGUUGGGUCUUAGUCAUUCAGCGACCAGUACUAAUCGAAGCAAUUCAAUAGUACUGACUAAAAAGGACGUGGAUGAACUUUGGAAUUCUUUCAAAAUCAAACUCUUGAUCAAUUGA